GCAGUUGAUUUGGGGACUUUUAUUACUGCUUUCACAAGCCGUCUUUCAUCACGACCUGAUAUAACUCGUUUAUUAAGAAACUUACUAAAUAAAGAAAGUGAUGUUCCUACAUUAAAUAUUACAAUUGAACUACCUAUAACAAAUAAUGAUUUGGAAUUUCGAAAGACAUUGGUUUCUGUUAUUGCAAAAAAUAUAGAUGGCUGGGCCGAUAUUAAAAAUGAGAAUGACAUUAGUAUAGAGGCCGACCAAAAGGGAUUGACAAACAACCUGUACUUUAUAACCAACCUUUAUUCAAAGAAAAAAAUAAUCUUGAGGAUUUAUGGGCAAGGAGUUGAUAAACUAUUGGACCGGGAAAAGGAGUUGGUCUUUUUAAAAAUGUUAUCACGGGUGAAAAUUGGUCCUCAAUUAUUAUUGAUUUUUAAUAAUGGUAGAUUUGAACAAUUUUUCGAAUCUGUAACCCUGACAAAUAAAGACAUAAGAAAUGAGGAGAUUUCUCGUAAAAUAGCCACCUACAUGUUUAAAUUGCACAACGUUGUAACAAUUUUUCCCCCUGAUAAUAUCGAAACGAUUGUUCCUGAAGUCUGGUCCAACAUUGACAAGUGGUUCCAACUGUCAUGGAAUAUAGUCAAUUCUGAUUCUUUUGAUCCCUCCAAUAACAUUCAUAUAAAAAAACUUGAUUUGGGUUUAUUAAAAACAGAAAUAGAGGAAUUAAAAUCUAAAUUACAAAUUAUUGGCUCGCCGAUCGUCUUUUCACAUAAUGAUUGCCAGUGUGGGAAUAUAUUAUCUCUUACUGAUGGAUCAGGUCAGCUAGCAAUCAUUGAUCUAGAAUACUCUGGUUGGAAUAACCGUGGUUUUGACAUAGGUAACCACCUAUGUGAGUGGGCCUAUGACUACAACUCAACAGAAUCCCAUAUGGAACAUAAAGAUUGUUUAUCAAGAGAUGAACUUUUAAAACAAUUAGAAAUAGAAGCCGACGGUUAUUCAUUAACAAGUCAUAUUAUGUGGGCAUUAUGGGCCAUUAAUAACAGCCAACUUUUAAAGCUAACUUCUAAUUUACAAGGUGAUGGUGAUAGUCAUGACAAAUGUGGUAAUGAUGGCAAUGAUGCUGCCAAUGGAUUGAGCAGAAAAAAUAUAUUAGAACAUCAUCUUAUUUUUUUUAAUGCUGAUAUAAGGGGAUUAACUGAUAAAAUAACACAAUCUCAACAUAAUCAACAAUAUUUAAAUAUUUCUUUACAUUGGAAUGAGCCUGUUGAUACAGCUUUACUUCAUUCUAUAGCAUGGGAUGUUGAAAGAGAAUUAUUGCCACUUUCACGGUUUCAUAUUUCACAUAUUUCAUAG